AUGGAACCUCCACCUGCAGCUGCCGAUUUUACAAUUCCAGAGCAGCACAUUGUCAAGGCCGAUGAAGAGGUUGCGGAGAGUCUUCGACAAGAGCAGACCUCCUCCGCAGCACCCAUGCAGGAGUCUGCCAUUGAAAAUCAGCCUGAGAAUGUGACCAAACGACCUGAACUUCGUCGAGACGUAUCAGCACCUCCACCACCGCUACAACCCCCUCCUCCUGCCCCCGUCCAGCAAAAUGCAGAUCGACCCCCCGAUUCGCUCAGCUUGUCGCAGCUCAGAAGAUUGGUACAAGAGAUGCCGAAGGUCGAGCAGCCGGCAUAUGCUUUCGAGUACGCAGAUGCGCAGCCAUUUACAGAAGAGAUCGAAGAGUGGUUCCAAUAUAAUGAAUUCGAUCGUGUGAUGUUGAUGGGAAUGAAGGCGACCUUUGAUCGCCGAUGGGCUGCAUUCGCUGAAGAGAAUGGCUUCGAUUCAAAUGAUGUCUCCUGGAUUGACUCGUCAGAUGAAUUACGUCGGACUUUUAUCACCGAGUCUUUGGAGCAGGUACAGCAUGCUGACGCCUCCACCCGCCUGGAGGCAUUGGAGACUAUCUGCUAUACAAUUACGGGCGUGUGGGGUCUUACCGCAGGACGUGCUACAGAUGGUCAUUUCACGAGUUCAGACGCGAGGACAACGACAGAAACCCCUUGGUCUAAGUCGCUGCAGAUCGCAUGGAUUGAACAAAACGUCUUUCUGCUCCAGCAAUGCUCUGGAAUACCUAUCAUAGUCGAGAAGCUGUCCCAAUUAUUCGAUAAAACUCGUUCUUCGCUUGGCCCUGACUCAGAUGGAAAUGAAUUCGAAAAACUGAACCCGGGUGACAUCGCAGCCCCGGAGCGUGAAGCCAACUUGGUCCUCACUGUGCUCUAUUUUUCCAUUGAGGUUGGUCGAAAAAAAGAGGCUCAAGAUCCUCAGUGCAAUUUGAUUCGUGAUGCGCUGGCCGAAGCAAAUCCUUGCCUGUUGGUCACUAUCGUCGAAAUAAUUGCGCGGUUGAGAUGGGACGAGUCUGCCAACAUUCCACUCACCAGAAUCAUUCUUCUGCUCUGGAAGUCACUCCUUCUUGUAUUUGGCGGCAAAGAUUCUGCAACCCGUCGCACGCCAUUCUUGACUGCGUCUCCUCUAGAUUAUCACCUAUUUCGACAGGAGAUUACCUCAAAAUACCCUGCCUACAACCCUCCUGUCCCUAUUGUGCCACUCGAACUAGAGAAUAACUCGAUUCUGCCCCCUCUUCCGCAACAUCCUGCGAGGUCCAAUUCGUCUAGCGGCCUCUUCUCCGGAGUCGGACCCCCUAUCGCUGGUCCAAACGGCUCUAUUCUCCAGCAAGCCGUUCACAUUGCGACACCAGCUCCAUCACCUCCUCCUUCUCCUAUCGGACCUGGAGGUAAAGCUGGAAAGAAGCAAAACUACCAGACCAACCAAAACUUCCCUCUCAUGUAUCCACCUCUAGACGAUUCUAGCAAUCAGAUUGGCGGCAAAGGUACUACUGAACGCCAGGAUGUACUAGUCGGAAAGCGGUGGGAGGGCAGUGAUGUGCCUGCAUCAAUUAUCGAGGCUGGUCAGCUCUUCUCAACCCAUGUCAAGAUGACUCGCGCGAUGCAACAACUCUGGGGCGAACGCGAGAAUUUCAUGAAAUACGACAGAGGCUGGAAUAUAGAACAUCCCUAUCGCAUGCCUGGUUCAAUGGUACCCGAUGAUGUGUCCCUCGAAAUGGACCGACUGGACUUGUCCAACACUACUCCGUCACCUCCGCCUAAGCCAACACGAAAGGAAACGGAUGACCCAGAUGUCCAGAGAAGACUGGAUGCUGUUGAAAGCUUCUACGCUCAUACUCUGUCUCACCUGCAAUCUAUCACGAUCGUCUUUUUGAAGAUCAUCCUGACCAACGUCAGUGCUGUGGUCAAUCAAGCUAAUGCCUCCGGUUUCCCAAAGCAUGAGGUACGUAAUGGCCACGGUGUGAAUGGCUCAACCGACUUCUAUCCCGAUACAUCUAUUGAUGAACUUGAUAAUAUCCGGUUGCGUGAGAUUACCGGGAAGGCUGUCUCUGGAACUCUGUUGCUGAUGUUGAAGUGGUUCAAACGUUCCCACAUCUUGAAAUUCGAGUAUAUGACGCAGCUUUUGCUCGACUCGAACUAUCUGCCCCUCAUCCUCAAGAUGUUUGCUCAUCAAGAUGUCGACCAGGCAGUGGCACAAAAAAAUGACCGUGAAGACUUAUCAUUUUUCUACUUCUGCGCCGAGAAUUCAGAUCAUCACUCUGGAUUUGAGGACCCAGCGAAUGGGGACACGGAGAGUGAAGACGAGGCUGUUCCUCCUCCAAUCUCGCGACAACGCCCCAAUAUGACACGCGGCAAUACCUCUGUACGAUUCGCAUCUGAAGAAUCGGUAAAUGGCGGAUUCGAAUGUCCAACACGUCCUGAGGUUGACGAACUUGGCUAUCCCACCGCACCUCUACCCAAGGAGCCAAUCACUGUCUUCUCAUUCCGAAACUUUUUCUCCGCCAUAAACUACCUCCAUAUCAUGCAGAAAAUCACCCGCAACAAAGCACACCGCUGCCUUCUUCUUGUCCAAUACAAGUCGAGCACGAUUCUCCGUAAGGGUCUCAAAAUCCCCGAUCCUCACCUUCGCUUCUACACCCUGAAACUUUUCAAGUCGCAGGUGCCCUACUGCGGGCGGAAGUGGCGCCAAAGCAACAUGCGCGUAAUUACCGCUAUUUACCUAUAUUGCCGACCGGAGCUGCGCGAUGAUUGGCUCGCGGGUUCAGAUGUCGAUGCUGAAGUGGAAGAGGCCCUUCCCCUGGAGCAAGCCCUUCGCGGAUUGACGCAUUGGUGGCACCUACGCCAAUACAAAGACGUGAUGGGCGGACCUGAUGGUCCAUCUAUAAUGGAAGAAGAGCGAGACUUCUUCGUCCGAGAAUUAGAGUCUAUGGGAUGGGGAUGGGCUGAAGAGAUUGGUGAGGACUCCGACCUGGGACAUAGUCACAUGAUGAAUGGGACCGAGUGGGAAGGGCCUCAGAUGCAGACGGAAAGCUGGUCUUGA